GGGAGGGAGUGCGCGAGGCCCGGGCGCGUCCGCCCUUCGGCCCCACGCACAUCGAGCCCCCGCCCGGGGCUGCCGAGCGCGGGAGGGCUGGCGGUGAGACUGACGCCUCGCUGCAUGUGCUCCGCGCCCUGCAGCUCGAGCUCUGCGGAAGCCCGGAGCCGCCCGCCCUGGCCGGUCCGGGCGCGGGGAGCGAGGACGUCAGUUACCGCAGCCUCCCCCGCACCCCGAGCUCUGCUCAGGCGCACGUAAUAGUUCUCCCUUUCCAAGGAGGAGAACUGCGCCUAGGAACACCGGCCGAAUUACCGCGGGAUCUCUGCCUUGCGCAGACGACUUCUGGCACCCGAAGAAGAUAUGCUACAGCAUGAUGAGUGCUUUAGGAACAGUGACUGAAUUUUGCUCUGCACUUCCGUCCCUAAUCCAGGAAUUUAGGAAGCUAUUCCUCUCCCCUGUCCGUGAAAGAUGUGUUCGGAGGAGGUAGCGUUUGUUCGAAGGCUGAAGGAGACUUUUAAAAGUUUUUGUCUUGCUCUCAUUGCUAUCUACAUUGCUCCAAAAACAUAUAAAUUUAAUUCUGACCAGGGGUUCCAGGAGGAAGGCAUGGGGGGAAAAAAACCUGUUCUGGGUGUAGAAGUACCCAGAACAGGCCAUAAACGUGUUCUUCCUCCAAGCACCCACCCCGCACUCUCUGUAGUGCCCACAUCGCAGAUGGAGCAGUCCGCGUGCCAGGAGGGACCCUGGCUGUGGUGUCCAAGAGGGGUGAUGGAUCACGGCACCUAAGGCACAUCAGAAGCUCUGAGACCAAAGAAGCCCAAAGAGACUAACUCCAUGUACUAUGGCCAUAGGAACCACCACUCCCAGUAACCCUUGCGGCAAAGCCCGCGCUUAUUGGCCAAUGGGAAGGACUUCUAACAUGACACAUUCAAAAGCCAAUAGACAGGGAGGAAUGCGGAGCUGGUCCCGCCUCUGCUCACCUAUCAGGGGAUUGUGGGCCGGCACUUCCGGUAGCUGCGCCGAAGCUCUGAUCAAGGUCGCCUUUACGGAAGGAUGGAGCUGGGGAAAGGCAGGUUGCUCAGGACUAGACUGAAUGCCUUGCGUGGAGCCCUGCACCCCACCCACGGCCUUGCCUGGACCGAUGGAACCCAAGUAGUCCUGACUGAGUUACAGCUUCACAGUGGAGAGGUCAAGCUCGGGGACUCCACAGUCCUUGGUCAGUUUGAGCACGUCAGGGGGGUCUCCUGGGCCCCUCUGGACGCAGCUGGCCUGCCCGCUCUGCUUGCUGUCCAGGGUAAGACACACGUGACCGUGUGGCAGCUGGGUCCCACCCCCACGGGGUCAGGCAAAUGGCUGAUGUCUCAGACCGCCAGGAUUACAGCGUCUGACCCUGUCCUUCCCCAGGGCUGUGUGUGGCACCCGAAAGAUGCUGUGCUGACUGUGUUGACAGCAUGCGAUGCCUCCGUUUUCCCCAGUGUUCAUCAUGACAGCACCCGGGUGAGGGUGGACCUUGGCGCCCACGGCCGCAUUCACUGUGCGUGCUGGACACGAGACGGCCGCAGGCUGGUGGUGGCGGUGGGCAGCUGCCUUCAUUCUUACGUCUGGGACAGCACACAGCGGACUCUUCACAGGUGCUCCGCCUGCCCCACGUUCAGCGUGGACAGCUGUGUCUGCUCCAUCACGGCCACUGUGGACUCGGAGGUCGCCGUGACCACUGAGCUCCCGCUAGAUAAGAUCUGCAGCUUGACUGUGUCUGAGAGCGCGGCUGUUCCAGCUAACGGUGGAGAUGCUGGGCUGCGCAUUUCCCCAGCCGCGGGUGAGGUGGCCGCUGGGAACGAGGAGGCCGCUGCUUGCGAAACAGAUUCUGAAACAGCGGCUUCUCCUUCCUCGUCGGGUCUUCUGGAUCUGAGUCACUUACAUUUCAGCGGCCCUCGGUGUGAGGGAAGUGCGCUUAUGUGCCUAAGAGAAGAGGACCACGUGGCAGGAACUGGCCAGGACUCUGCUCUUUUGGUCCUUGUGACGUUUGGGAAGGAGGUUACCACAACCAGAAAAGUCACUAUUUCAGGCAUGCUGGCUCCUGACCUGAUAGCCUUUAAUCCCAAAACACAGGUAGUGGCAGUGGCUUCCAACACUUGUAAUGUUGUUUUGAUCUAUUCUGUCACUCUGUCUUCAAUGCCAAAUAUCCAGCAGAUUCAGUUAGAGAAUGAUGAAAGACCGAAAGGCAUGACUUUCACGACGGACAAAUUAUUAUUGAUUUUGGUGGGAAAACCGAAGUCCACGGAUGCAACAUUUCUUCCUUGCUCAGAGUCGGAUCAGUAUGUAAUUCGCUUGGUCCUCCAAGAAGUCGUGUUGGAAGAAUCUUCAGUGACAUCUGAUGACACCCGGAGUGCUGGUGCUCCUCUCAGUGGUCAUUUAAACAAAGCAAAUGGAAAAAAGCGCAUUGAAAAUCUUUCCCCAGGUGUUGGUUGUCAAAACAGAGUGCUCCUGUUAACAGCAGACACCAGCAGUCUGAGUGCAAAGCCUGGCAGAACUCUCAUUGAAGAAGUUAAAAGUCUCCCUGCCAGUAGCCUGCAUGGUUCUGUUGCCCUGGAAACACUGCACAGGCCCUCCCGGGCCCAGGCAGCACGGCCGGGACUCCCCAGCAUGCCAGAAACUCUGAGUGUUCAUCAAAGAGAGAGCUUGGAAAAGGAAGCUAGCCGCCUAACUGAGGGCCUGGAAAUGUUAUCUAGGAAUGUGACUGAAAUACAGCAGUGUCUUUUUGAACUCAGAGAUUUUCUAUACAAUAGGAAGAAGUCAUCUCCAGUGUAUCCACUGUCUGAGGAUCCCCCUUAUGUGCACAUCAUUUACCAGAAACCUUACUGUGCGGGUCCCGUGGAAAAGAGAGCGGUGCUUCUGUGCAGUGGCAAGCUGAGGCUCGGCGUGAUCCAGCAGCUCUUUGGUCUCUCGCUUGUGGAAAUGCUGCACGACUCGCACUGGAUCCUGCUUUCUGCUGACAGGGAAGGCUUCAUUCCCUUAACCUUCACAGCCACCCAGGAGCUCACUGUGCGGGACGGCCACCGGCCCAGCUCGGAGGGCCCCAGGGGCUCCCUUCCUCGCAGCCAGGAGCCUGUCCUUUCAUGCGAUGACUCUGCGGACCUCGCUGCCCGGAGCCAGGACACCCCCGGCUGCCCUCACUGUGUGGACGGUGCAGUCUGACGCCUGCUUCCAGCGAGACCGAGGAGCCGCCUGUCUGCACCACGCACUCGGUUCCGCUGAGUCUCCCGGCUCUGCGGGGGAGGCGGCCCUGCGGUCCUGCCCUGUGGGGGCCGAGGCACGCUGGCCAGUGGCCGCUCUCAGUGUCGCUGUCAGGUGCCCCAGAAAGCGGUCACUGUCUGUGUGUGCGACCCUGGAGUUGCGUCUAAGGGCAGAGCUCCUAGAGCACUGGUGCCCUAGAGUCUCGCAGGCUUCGUGUCCCGGUCUGAGGCAGCAUUAACGCCCUGUGAGGUCGCGCUGUUCUUCAUCUCUGCCCCAAGGCGAGGCCAGGAGCUCUGCGGAGCAGAAAACAUGUGCUGUGGCUUCCAGCCUCAAACCGAGGCCAGGACAGCCCAAAGGAGGCCGAAGACCGACUGGUGCUGAGGUAGUUGUGACGCCAGCCUUUCCUCCCAGGAAUUAGCCCUAAGGCUGUGUGGCCUGUAAUCCCGCACUCAGGAGGCUGAGACAAGGAGAUCUCUGCAAGUUCGAGGCCAUCCUGCGAGACUCAGUGAGGUCAAGGCCAGCCAGGAUUACUUGGUGAAACCCUGGGAAAACCAAAAUUAAAAAUUUAAAUCAAAAUAAAAAACCCCAACCCCGCUAUGGUGGGACACACCUGUAAUCAGUACUUUCCAGACUGAGGCAGGGGGUUGGAGAGUUCAGUACCAGCCUGGCCUCAUAGUGAGACCCCGUCUCAAAACAGAAGCAAAAAGAGCCUAUAACCUGCAGAAGCAGAGAAGCUCGGCUGAUGGGGUCUGCGUCCUGCUGAGGGCCCAGGCGCCCGCUCUGAAAGGACUUUCCCGGGAUUGGAGCCCACGCCCUGGCCGGCCGCCCAUGUGUCAGUGCCCUGGCAGCUGCUGGCAAGGCCCCCGGCAGCGUCUCCCUGUUUUUCAGCUUUGGUAGCAUAAAAAUUUAUUUUUUUUUCCUAAUGGUCAUCGUUUCUUUCAAGUCUUAGAGAUCAGUGUAUAAAUAUGAGAGAAAAUAUUUAAGGACAUUGAAAAUUUUCCUGAAUCUUAGCUACAGUAGUUGUAAAAAGUGCCCAAUUUUUCUCCUUGUGGGUAAUGGAUAAUGGAUAAUGGAUGGGCCCUUCAUCCCUUCCGAUGGUGCAGGGCCCUCUGCUGCUUCGGGAGGGAUCUCAGGUUCAGUCCCCCGGGAGUGGCCGGACAGCACAGCAGCGGAUGCCUCACUCCUGCCCAGAAGGUCCAUUAGUGCCCACGUGCACACACAUCCUGCACUUUUCAGUCAUCUGGAAAGAAAAUACCAGGUGCCCUUGGGAAUUGCAGGCCGCCUGUCACGCUAGAAAGAGCACGGGCCCAUUUGUGGUUCAGAUGCAUUAGCUGCGGGCGUCACGGAGGGGAGGCUGUUCAUCUGGGAGCGGUGGCUGGGGCAGUCUGAGCUCUGCCCUAUCCGCAAAGGAAGUGUCUGGGGCAGACGAGAUCGUAGCUGUUAGGAAGCUCAGAGGUGGAGACAGAGGGGUCCUUGAGUGAGAUCAGUGUGAUGUUAUAAUCACCAUUUCUCAGGAUCAAAUUCUGUGGAUGCAUCGUCAAUAAAAUCACUAUUAUUUUUGUGGCUGUUGUGAA